AACAAAUUGAGUGCCCGCACACCCGCCACAGUGCGCCAAUCGAUGUGGGUAAUGCCGGUUACCCCAUCGUGGUGCCAAGGUCCAGAACUUCGUAUUGUCGGAGGAAGCCAAGGGCCAGCGACGUUUUUCUUCUGGAAGACCCGUUGGCCCUUAGGCUACGGCGUUAGACAGUACCGGGGCACGCCGCGUCGUGCUGGGGCAGAAAUAUAUCCAAGAAGGUCCUGGGGCACGUGCCGACGUGCUAUCAGCAGUUUCACCCGCACCAGGUUGCCGCUGAACGGUGGUGGUGUAGAGGAAAAUCCCGGCCCUUCACUGCGAGGAAUGCAAUGGAACCCAGCUGGGCUUAUCCAGGCCAAGAGGCUUGCUCUCCACAGAAACCCUUGUUGA